AUGUUGGCAUUGUAUUGGGCGGUGUGGGCCGUUGCUGUCUACGCGGGUCUUUCCCUCUACGGCCGUCUCAUCAUUCCAUUCGUCGCCUCUCUCAUCUCCCGCCGUUUACCAGGAGGUCCUCUAAAUAAUGAAAAUAGUGAAAAGAAUAAAAAAAGUUUAGAGUCUUCAAAUGGACGUACACGUCGACGACCACUUCUCGAUCCACUCACUCCUAUUGAUCGUUUCUAUAUUGCUAUUGCCAAAUUUCUCACGGUACUCUUCGCCUAUCAUAUUUAUAUAUUUGUGAUGAAUACACCUCUCAGUCGUAUUAAUGCGGAUUUCACUGAUAUAGAUGGGAUCUGCCGUAGUCUUCUUUGGCUUCCAUUACAUCUCGUCGCUCUCUUUAUUAUUUAUGAUUUCUUCUACACACCUUUUCACUUGGCUCUUCACUGGCCUCCACUCUAUCCAUUUAUUCACAAACAUCACCACAGACAGAUUACACCUUUUCGUGGAAUAGAAGAUUCUAUUAAUGAUCACCCCAUUGAAUACAUUACGGGUGAAUAUUUACAUCUUCUUGCUCUUUAUCUUCUCACACGCAUUACACCUCCUGGACAAGUUCAUGCGCUUACGGUUAUUAUUUUUAUUUUUAUUGGAGGUACAUUGGCAGGUUUAAAUCACACACGUAUUGAUGUGCGGGUGCCGUAUAUAUUUAACGUUCGUGCACACGACUUACAUCACUUAAAGUUUCACUAUAACUAUGGACAGUACAUUAUGCUUUGGGAUUGGGUCUUUGGUACUUUUAAGAGUGAACCCGUGAGUGAUAAAGAAGAUGGAAUAGUAAAAUAG